UUGAACAUUUCCUACAACAGACAUGACAGCCUCCGGUUCAUAGAGCAUAGCUGAUAGCUUAGCUUUGUGAUCUUAUAUCACUGAACUAAACCCCACAAUGGUUGUUGACUCGCAUCUCUCCGACAUUGCGACCAUCCUUCGUGUGAGGGGGCCGCUGGAGUUCAAAUGUCAGCUGGACAGCACAGAUGCGCCGCUCAUGCAAAAAGUCAUCUCAAGAACAUUUGAGACCCUCCGUUCCAAGGUGAAAUCUGAGUCCUGUGUUCUCACCGUCUGUGACAGUCCCGUUAUUAUUUGGCCAAACAAAAGUGUUAAUGCAGCGUGUGAAGAUAUACAUCAGUGGAUACAGACAGAUGAACAAGAGAGCGCUGGCAAGAGAUCUGCAAAAAAGAAAAGCAAAAAGAGCUCAGCAGUGAGUGUCGUAAACCUUCGCCUGAUGAUGGAGGUGACAAAUAAAGGCCCCGUUUCAGCACCGAUCCUCAGCAGAUCAGUCCAGAAUUCCCACUUUCUGUCUACAACUCUUCCCAUGGACUGUGUCGUCCGCACCAGCUGCAACGACACCACGAAAGAAGCCUGUGAGCGCCUAGUGGAGGCGCUAACUAAUCAGCUGUGUGAGAUGGAGAAAGUGACCCUGCAACACAUGAAAGGAACCACAGUGCUGGUCCCUGAACCACUCCACUUCCUCCUUCCAGAGCCAAAAGGACUGGUGACUGUGGUUUAUCCAGCAGGAGUGCCUGACAGCCAACUGGAGACACAGCGUGAGGAACUACAUCAACACUUUGAGCUACCAGAAGACAAGCCCUAUUUUAGAAGAGCCAAUGCUUACCACUUUCCCAAUGAACCGUACAAAGACGGUUAUCUACGAAACCCUCAUCAAGUCCUCACACAUCCCACCCUGGACAACGGAAAGGUGUACUUGGUCCAAGGAAUCUACAGCUAUCACCACUACAUGCAGGACCGUAUGGAUGACAACGGCUGGGGCUGCGCUUACCGCUCCCUCCAGACCAUCUGCUCCUGGUUCCAGCAGCAAGGCUACGUAGAGCAGCCUGUGCCCACUCACAAGCAGAUCCAGCAGGCUUUAGUGGACGUCGGAGACAAACAAUCAUCCUUUGUGGGAUCACGUCAGUGGAUUGGAUCUAUUGAGGUUCAGGCUGUUCUGAACCAGCUGCUCGGAGUCACUUCCAAGAUCAUGUUUGUGAGUCAAGGGUCUGAGUUGGGGUCUAAAGGCAGAGAACUGGCCAACCACUUCCUUACUGAAGGGACUCCUAUCAUGAUUGGAGGGGGAGUUUUGGCUCACACUAUCCUGGGUGUGGCAUGGAGUGAGACCACAGGGCAGAUUCGCUACCUCAUCCUAGAUCCACAUUACACAGGAGCAGAGGACUUGCAGGUCAUCACUGACAAGGGCUGGUGUGGCUGGAAGGGACCAGAGUUUUGGGAUCAAACUGCAUAUUAUAAUCUGUGUCUGCCUCAGCGGCCGAAGACCAUCUGAGCUUACUGUCUCGUUCUGUCAGUGUGACAUCAUUUGGCAUUGGUAAAACAUGCAAAACUUUGGAGGGACUCUAUAAACUGUUUGUUUUACAGGAACAUGUCCAACUUUGCAAAAAUUUGAAUAAUUUCUGUAAAUCUUUGUGAUUUACCUGUACGGUCUUAGUCCAGCCUAUAUAUAUAUGAUGUCUUAGCAAACAAAGGCACAACCACAGGUUAAUGUAAUUUUUGUAUUAAAAAUAGAAAUUGAUCAUAUACUUCCUGUUCUUGUUAUACGUAAUAUGACAAAUGUCAGUAAAAUUUACCAAAUAGGCUCACUGCAGAAACUAGUUUGAACUAGUUUGGUCAUUCUUUUAUGUUGUUGGUCGACUAAAGAACUCCAAUCCAGCUCCCUUUUGCUGCUGGAUGAUGUGGACACCUGCUGCUGUAGAGAACCUUUUCUACUGUAAUAUAUGGCAGAUUUAACAAAUAAUUAAACUGUAAAGUAUAUGUUA